CUUCGCUCUGCAACAUCAGUUACACAGCCGCCAACAUCGUUCAACACAGCGACAACAGUUUCCGGCUUCCAUAGGUUAGGGCUCCGACGCUUUUGCAAACACAGUUCCUCCGCCUCUCGCCGCCGCUGUUGCUGCUCCGAUCAACUGCUCCUCCGUUCGUAACUCUCACGGGUUAAAUGAUUCACGCAGUCACGAACAUAGAUUCUUGGUCGAUUCAUCUUUGCAAGUCUGAUACACUUGAUUAAAAAGUCUACAAUUCAUCUUCUUCGUCGAUUCAGUAUCAAUCCAUUCGUCACACAAUGAGGUUGAAAAAGCAAAAACGUCAUCGAAGAAGUGUUAGAUUCUUUACAACAUGCUAUGGUUUCAGAUCACCGUUUAAGAUAUUGUGCGACGGGACGUUUAUACACCAUCUUCUUGUUAACCGCAUUACUCCUGCUGAUACCGCCAUUUCUAACAUUCUAGGUGCUCCAGUCAAAAUGUUCACCACCAGAUGUGUUCUUGCUGAGUUGAAAAGCCUUGGUGAAGCCUACUCCGAGUCUCUUAACGUGGCCCGUGAUCUUGCGCCUGCAAGGUGUGAUCACGAGAAGAGGAAGAGUGCAGUGGAUUGUCUAUCAGACGUCAUCGGGGAAAGCAAUUCGGAGCAUUUCUUCGUUGCUACUCAGGAUGUUGACUUGCGCAGGAAGUUUCAGGAGAUUCCCGCUGUGCCUGUAAUGUUUGCACUCAGAAACGCUUUAUUUCUCGAGCCUCCAUCUCAGUCUCAACAACAGUUUGCAAAAGCUGCUGAAGAAGAACGCUCACGCCUGAACGAGUUAGAGAUUAAAAUGCUGAGUAAUAAAAGGAAGAGAAGUUUGGAAACAGACGAGCAAGCAGAUGAAGCUUUUCCAAAUGAAACCAUUGUAGAUUUAAAGAAAAAUGUUUCUACAAGGAAAACUGAUGUAAAGGAUAAAGUACAAUUCAAGAGAAAAAAAGCUAAGGGUCCGAAUCCACUUUCUUGUAAGAAGAAGAAAAAGGAUAACCAAAAACCUGUUGCCCAAAAGGAAGUUAAUGAGAAUGUUGAAACCGUAAGGAGCAGGGGCAAGAAAAGGAAAAGGUCCCGUAAGCCAAAAAAUGUCGCUACCGCAACCGACUAAAGACUAUAUGAUCGCCUUGGACUUAUGGCAUGUCGGAGUCUUGAAGAUUCAUUGAAAUUUUUAGAAGAUGAUGACGUUUUUUUAAAUGGGUCGACGAGAACUACUAUGUAAGAACAGGCGUUUGUAGAGCCUGUUCUCAAAUUUUGCGGUAAUUAUAGCUCUUGAUAUAGUUUAGUUUUUUUUAGAUGGGGAGCUUGUGAUACUUUUGUUAUUGAAGCUUCUGUAGCAACAGCCAUUUUUAAGAUUUUGUUCUUUUUUAUUUCA